AUCUGCUCUGGUUUCUAUAGCAGCAAACCUGGGUAUAUGUUCAGGCAAAAACAACAGAGAGAGAGAGAGACUCUUUUACAGCGGGAAUAUUAUUUUCAUUUUAAAUUAUAUUGGACUGAAAAUUAGGAAGAGUAGACCUCAAGAAGACAAAAUGACUGUGGCAGAGGCGUAUAUACAAUUUCAAAUUCAGGUUAUAGGAGAAGAAACUGAAGAGUUCAGGAAGAUAAUAACUGAGCUAGAAACUGACAACAGAAGACUUACUGAAUUGCUGGACCAGUUGAGACAAGAGCAUCUGAAUAGUGUGUGUAAGCUUCAUGAGCAAGCAAAGAAGCAGGAGAAGGAGCUACAGCAAACUGUGUUAGUGAGCAAGGAGCAGCUGAAGCAGGCCCAGAAUGACAACCUAAAGGUCACCCAUAAGGAGGAGGAAAGGAUGGCAGAGUUUCACAGGCAGCUGGAUGACCUGGAGGUGCAGAGUAAGCAGCACCUAGAAGAGCAGCAGUAUUGGCUUCAGUAUAAGAAUGUGGACAGAAUUAAGUAUCAGCAGCGAAUAGACAACCUUCAGUCAGAACUCAUCUCUGAACAUAAGAAACUUGAGGAAAGAUUAGAAAUCUGUAGACACUGUCUGGAGGCCACCUUCAGUGAACUCGACAGAAAGGCAUCUCAGCUUAUGAAUAACAAGAAACAACUGGCUAUAAAGAAUGCAGUAAAAGAGCUGGAUAAUUUCAGGUGCAAGGAGAUCAAAGAGAACAGCCUCCUUAAAGAAGAGCUUGCUCUCUACCGUAAAGAAGUCUCUGUAGUGGAAGCAGAUAUGAGAAGGAUAGAGGAGGAGGACUUAGAGCACGUGAAGCAGCUUUUUGAUGAUCUGCCAAUUCCAAGGAAUGUGUCUCCCACGCAGUUGGUCUCCUUUAGUCUGGAACACAGUGUUCAGAGCCUCAGCCUCACAGAGACAGCAGAACCGGGAAGCGCCCCCCUUCCUCUGUCUGACUCCACCGCGGAAGCUGGGGGGGCAAAGCACCAGCAGCAGGCUGUGGAAUUGGAGAAAGAUGAAACAGAUCCCAGCUGCAAGCCCUCCUGCUCCUCCUCUCCCUGUGACCUUACCCUGCCCCUCUCUGGCAGCCGGAACGACCCCUGGGAGUCAGAGCAUCCAUACCUCCAGGAGCAGCAGCAGCUGCUGAGAGUGGCAGGCCAGGCCAUGACUCUACAUCCGUUAAUCAACGACCAUCAGGAUUUAAAUACCUCAACUUCCCAGUCUCUUAUCACACGCAUCAUCCGCAACAGGUUUCAAUAAGCAUUUACACAAAGUUAAACCCAUUAAAAAUGGCACAACUGCAUUUUUGGCACAUGCAACAACUUUUCUUCGUAAUCUUUGGUGCAUAAAGGCCCAAUUCCAUUUCUCUUUUGUACCACUACCCCUUAAAGCAGAGUUAUAAGGGUAAAGGGUGAAAUCCUCCCCCUAAGAAUCGGGACAAGCCAUACAGGUAUAGCUAUAGAAGUAAAGCUCUUAAGUUCAGUAACCUAGCUGCUGACUAACUAGUUAACUUUAGGGCAUCAUGUGUCUUGAGGAAUGGGGGCAAACAGUGCAGCAAUUAAUUAUUAUCAUCCAAUAUUGUUAAUUCCUCUCUGAUUGCCAACUGAUUUAUCUUUUAUUAACUUUUAUUUUUAUGUUCCACCUUAAAUGUUGCCAAUUUGUUGCACCAUUUAAGCUGGAAUGGUCAUAAUUUAUACAAAAUUAAAUGCUUUAUUCAAGAGUUUCUUUAGUCGCUUGUGCCGCCAUAUUGCCAAUAAAUCUCUUAUCCCUCUGUUGUGAGUGUGCCUCUGAAAAGUCAACGUUUGAAGGGCCAUGUAGCCCUAACAAGAAUCGGGACACCCCCAGGGAGUGCACAAAUAUGCAACGGCACCUCAUCACCUCUAGCUAAUUUUGUGAAUAAACAAACAUUAGGAGCCAAUUCACUUUUGUGGAAGCUGCUCUUUUAUUUGAAAAUCAAUCAAAUUCUGCUCACAUACAUUUUUUUUUAUAUAUAUAAACAAAAAUAGAAUCUGCAGGGACAAAUGCAGCAAAUAUGCUAAAUCAAUGGAUAGAAUCACCUUCAUAUUGGGACCAUCCUUCACAUGCUCCUCUACUGGACAGGGUCCGGGAUUAUUUACAGAAAGCACCGAUCAACAGUGCUUCUCCAUCUCCUGUUCUACUGCAACUACUUCUAAUUUACAAAGACACUACCGAACCCACCCUGAUGAUGGCGACCCGUAACACCUUCACACGCAUGCCUGUCUGUGCUUACGCGUGUGCCGUUCCCUGUGCUCCUGCUUCAGCAAAGGGUGCCCUCUAGUGCCUGUGUAGGGAAAGAUGGCCCAAGCAUGAAGGCAACUCCGGACAUUCAGGUUGGAAAAGGCAGCCGUAUAAUUCGUCAAUGUAAAAUAAUGACAUGCCAAGCGUAAAGCGACACAGCUCCUCCCCGAUGCAGCGCUGCAGAAUCACAAAUGUAGUGAUGCUAGUCUGAUAAAUGGUUCCCUUGCCAAAAACAAAGGAAAAAAAAAACAAAAAAAAAAAAACAA